UUUCUUAAUCUACGAUUGGAAUUGGCUUAGGUUGUUAUGCUAGGUCUUGACGCAGCUGGCAAAACAACAAUACUGUACAAGCUGCAUAUUGGAGAAGUUUUGUCCACAGUCCCUACAAUUGGUUUCAAUGUUGAGAAGGUGCAGUACAAGAAUGUGAUUUUCACAGUUUGGGAUGUUGGUGGCCAAGAAAAAUUAAGGCCACUCUGGAGGCAUUACUUCAACAAUACAGAUGGACUGAUCUAUGUUGUUGAUUCCUUGGAUCGAGAGAGGAUUGGGAAAGCAAGACAAGAAUUUCAGGCUAUUAUCAAAGAUCCCUUCAUGCUCAACAGUGUCAUCUUGGUGUUUGCUAACAAACAGGACAUGAAAGGGGCAAUGACACCAAUGGAAGUAUGUGAAGGACUAGGACUGUUUGGUCUCAAGAAUAGAAAAUGGCAUAUACAAGGGACUUGUGCACUUCGGGGUGAUGGCCUCUAUGAAGGCUUGGAUUGGUUAGCUUCCACCCUCAAGGAGGUUAAAGCUGCUGGAUACUCAUCCGUUGGUACCUCCUCAUUCUAGUUGUCCGGGUAAACUAUGCUUUAAACUGUGACAUCCUGUUGAUUGAUAUUUCGUUCAAGGAAUCAAGAGUUUAGCAUUAAAAAGUGGCAAGUCCAAAACUGUGAUCUUUUUUAUUCCUUCUGAAAUGUCAUGUCAAAGCUAAUGAAGUUUUCUAGGGAGCUUAAUUCAACCUCACUCUGGUUUUACACUUGUAAUUUUUCUUCAAUGUAUAUCUUAAAGGUUUCUUUAAAA